CGAGUUGGGUCUGUCCCUCGUAUCCUCCCCCAGCACUUCGCCGCGCUGUGAUUGUGAUCUACGAAAUUAAUCCUUAAUCCUCACUAAUCAUCUAUGGAAAUAAAAACCCUCUUUAUUAAUAGUAAUGUUAAGGAUUUUAUAACAAUAUGUGAUGGAUUAGGAUAAGAUUUGAGGUCUUUUUUUUAUGAUAGUUGGAGAGAUUAUUUUUAAUUAUUUUUUUUUUUGGUAAUUUUUUUGGUUUAGAAAAGAAAAUAUUGGUUGACCAAGAUGUUAGGACGGACAUACCUCAUCGUGUUGCUGGUUGAAGCUUCUCUACUGAUCAACGAGACUUACAGUGCAGACGACCUACCGCGCUUCGGGUCACAUGAUCAGCUGGAGGUGAGGGCAGCGGUGGGGAGGGACGCUAUCUUCAAAUGUACUGUUCACAACAUCAUGCACUACCAGACGGCGUGGUUGGAGAUGAAGAAAGGUAUCGUCUUUGCUAUGGGUGACGACGUGUUCACAGAAAACCCCCGGAUCACCGUUCACCAUUCCUUUAAGGUGAACGGUGAACAGGCUUGGAUUCUCACCAUUAAGAACGUCCAGAUGAACGACGCGGGACGGUACAUGUGCUCCCUCAAUACUGCCGUCAGUCUCAGGAAGUUCUACCGUCUGUCUGUUGUAGUUCCGCCCAAGAUCAUAGACUCCAACACGAGCCAAGACACAGAGGUGAAGGAGGGGGAGGAGGUGAGGCUUAUCUGUGGGGCUACAGGAACCCCUCAGCCGACCUACAAGUGGAGACGUGAAGACUCUAAACUCAUCGAUGUCUCCGGUAAUACAGAUCUGCUGGUGGACGGGAGUGAGCUGUUGUUUGAGCCAGGAUCUGAGAUAACACGCCGGAGCCUACCUGUAUAUCGCCUCCAACGGUGUCCUGCCAACUGUCAGCAAGAGGAUUAUGAUCAGUGUCAGUGUCAGUUAUGA